AUGGUACAUAAGGCAGAGUUUUUACCAUCAGAAGGUACCCCUAUCUCUUCAGUAUUACAAGGGGGUUAUAACCACCCGUUAUCAAGAGAAUGGCAGCAUGAGCGUCAACUUACUAAGAACAUGUUUAUUUUUCCAUUAUUUGUCUCUGAUAGUGCUGACGAAGCUACUGCAAUCGACGCAUUACCUAAUAUCAAGAGAUACGGUAUCAAUAAGUUGAUUCCAUAUGUGCGUACUCUUGUUGAAAAAGGUCUUAGAGCUGUCAUAUUAUUUGGUGUUCCAUUAGCAGAUGGCGUAAAGGAUAAUUUAGGAACAGCAGCUGACGAUCCUGAAGGACCAGUGAUAUUGGCUAUUCGUAAAUUAAGAGAGAACUUCCCAGAUUUGUUUAUUAUGUGUGAUGUUUGCUUAUGUGAAUAUACUAGUCAUGGCCAUUGCGGUAUUUUGUACGAGGAUGGAUCUAUUAAUCGUGAAGAAUCUGUUCGUAGAAUUGGUGCGGUUGCAGUCAAUUAUGCCAAAGCUGGGGCAAAUUCUGUAGCACCAUCUGAUAUGGUUGAUGGGAGAGUUAAAUACAUCAAAUCUGGUUUGAUCAAAGCUGGUUUGGCCCAUAAAUGUUUGGUCAUGUCAUACUCAGCUAAGUUUAGCGGGAAUUUAUAUGGCCCAUUUAGAGAUGCAGCCGGUAGUUGCCCUAGUCAUGGGGAUAGAAAGGCAUAUCAGUUACCAUCUGGAGGUUCAGGUUUAGCUCGUCGUGCUUUGGAAAGAGACAUGGAAGAAGGUGCUGAUGCUGUCAUUGUAAAGCCAUCCACUUUCUACUUGGAUAUUGUUAGUGAAGCGGCAAAAAUCUGUAAGAACUACCCUCUUUGUGCUUACCAAGUCAGCGGAGAGUAUGCUAUGUUACAUGCUGCAGCUGAAAAGGGUGUUUUUGAUUUAAAGAGUAUUGCAUUCGAGAGUCAUCACGGAUUUUUACGUGCUGGAGCAAGACUUAUCAUCAGUUACUUCACUCCAGAAUUCUUGGACUGGCUUGAUGCUUAA